AUAAAGUGAAAAAUGUGAUAAAAUAUAAAAUCUAAUAAUGAACUCGAAAACCAAUGUAAAAUCACUCAGUCUAGUCAUUACGUUCGGCGGAACACAACGCGUUCUUGAACUCUAGUUUUUAAUUUAUACUCGUCACAGUAGUAUAAACGAUACGACGACUACGUACGUUUAAAUUAUUAUUAACCAAAAGUUACCAUUAAUUGACCCCUAAUGAAUAACGAAUUUAGAAAGCAUCAUUUCAAAGUAAAAAUUUCUCAGCAAAUAAAAAAAAAAGAAAAAUCACCAAAAAACACUACUUACUAAACGUUUCAACAACUGAACUGAAUUUUGCUAUUAAUUGAUUGCGUUCUUCAGUUAGUUGACUGUUUUUUUUAUUGCUAUUCUGGUGCUACGCUGUGCCGUCUUGCCGUUAAUAUUUGGAGACAAAACUUUAGUCUAGUUCGUUUGUUUUGCAUAGAACGUAUUCAUUUCCUGAGCGUACAUCAUGGGGCAAGAAUCACCAUCAAAAACUAAGAAAAAACCAAAAGUGGUUCAAAGAGAAGUAGGAUUUUUUGAACUUUUCUGUUUUGCCACACGUUGGGAAUAUUUUCUCUUGGUUUUGGCUUUUAUUGCUGCUUUCCUGAAAUCCUUGGUAUUUCCCAUCAUCAUAGUGGUGUACAGUGAAUUGGUGUCUAUGUUUGUGGAUCGUAGUUUAUGCCUACCAACAACUCCUACCUAUACGUUACCCUUAUUUGGAGGCGGUAAAAUUUUAACGUAUUCAUUUCCUGAGCGUACAUCAUGGGGCAAGAAUCACCAUCAAAAACUAAGAAAAAACCAAAAGUGGUUCAAAGAGAAGUAGGAUUUUUUGAACUUUUCUGUUUUGCCACACGUUGGGAAUAUUUUCUCUUGGUUUUGGCUUUUAUUGCUGCUUUCCUGAAAUCCUUGGUAUUUCCCAUCAUCAUAGUGGUGUACAGUGAAUUGGUGUCUAUGUUUGUGGAUCGUAGUUUAUGCCUACCAACAACUCCUACCUAUACGUUACCCUUAUUUGGAGGCGGUAAAAUUUUGUAAGUAUAAAUAUAUGAAAUUUCUAGUGAUUUAAAGUGUAAAGAAAAUAUUUAAGUGUAAAUUUAUAAACUAGAUGUGGCAUGUCGCCAAUAAUGUAUUUGUACUGCUAUAAACGAAUCAAAACAAAGUCGUAGGCUUCGUUAAAGAAAUAUUGACAAAAUAUCGAUAAAGCGUAACCAAGAACCAAUAAAACGCUAUGUGUUCUGUAAAUGUUUACUUUUACAGAACACUUUUAAAAGUAAACAACGCUAA